AUGUCCACCUUCACCCCCCUGAAGUCAGAUAAGAUGAGCCGGGAUACAGAUGGAUCCAGCGAAUCUCGAACAUCGACCAUAAGACCCAGCAAGUCUCAGUACAGGCUUAUUGAAGACGUUGAAGACCUGCACAGGUACCGCCCCGGAGGAUAUCAUCCUCUACAAAUCGGGGACGACUUAGAUGACGGCCGAUAUCGACUGGUCGGCAAACUUGGAUAUGUGGCAGUGAAGGCCAUUACCGCUGAUGCCAGUACUUCCACGCCUGAGGCUAGUCUUAUAUAUUCUCUUGGGAACUCGCCACCUAGACCGGGAAGAGAAACUUUUCCACCCCUCUUCGACGAAUUCUGGGUUGCUGGUCCCAAUGGGAAGCAUAGAUGUAUCGUCACUCCACCAGCACGUAUGAGCUUGUUCGAUGCCAGAGAGGCAUCGACUGUUGGUCUCUUUCGGCCCAAGGUCGCGCAGUCGAUUAUCGCCCAGCUCAUUCGUGGCGUCGCAUUCCUUCACAGUCAAGAUAUUGUACACGGCGACCUUCAUCUAGGCAACGUUCUAGUCCAGUUUCCCAAAGCGAUCGAUAGUUUUUCCACGUCAGAGCUGUACGAGAGAUUCGGAGAGCCAGAGUCCGAAGCUGUUGUUCGUCUCGAUGGCAAGCCAUUGUCGAAUAGCGUACCCGCGCGUGUAUUCAUUCCCGGCUGGUUUGGCGUUCGCAGCGAUGAUAUUGUUCUUGGAGAGGAGAAGAUCAUCCUUAGCGACUUUGGAGAAUCUUUCAACCCACACAAAACGGUCAGGUUCUCCUCGAAGACCCUUCCUCUCCUCCAGCCACCCGAGGCCAGAUUCUCUGACGAGCCGCUGUCCUUUGCCUCGGACAUUUGGACGCUUGCCUGUACCAUCUGGGAGAUUUUUGGCCAGCGGCCUUUGUUUGAGGCUUUUUUCCCAAAUGCAGACCGUGUCACCGCGGAGCAAGUCGAAGUCCUCGGCAUCUUACCUCCUGAGUGGUGGGGAAAGUGGAGCAGAAGACUGGAAUGGUUCAACGAAGAGGGAGAGUUGGAUUUGAAGAAAACGUCUAGGGGCCACGAUGGCGUGCGCAUGUCCUGGGACCAGAGGUUUGACUACUGCGUACAGGAGCCUCGGGCUGAGGCGGGCCUGGAAACCGUGACGGAGAAAGAGAGGAGGGCGUUCAAGGCGAUGCUUCGGUCAAUGCUGGCCUUCCGGCCGAAGGAAAGAGCGACAGCACAACAGGUUUUGCACUCGGAAUGGAUGAAAGACUGGGGACAACCGGCUCUUGAAGAGAGCUGGAGUACUUUGAAUCCUGAGAUGAAAGAGAAAUAA